GAGAGAGGAAAUAGUAACUUUAAUUUUCUCUCUCUCUCUCUCUCUCUCUCUACGACCAUAUAUUCAGCUGAUCAAAUCGACGAUUGACCUAAUCACAGUGUUUAGAGUGUAUUGGUCAGUGGAUUUUGUUUGUUUCGUUUCAAAUAAUCGAAAUGUCCCACCGCUCAAUUCGAUUAUUGAAAUUGUUAACCUCGCUUUCAGCACUUGGUUCCUUGUUCGCCCAAAGCAUUGCUAUUUUUACCAAUGAAUGGUUAUACUCGGAAGAGCUAAUGAAUAAUCCUGAAUUUAAGAAAUACAAUAUGUCCGCUGCGGUUGAACAUCUAUCCAAAUUUACAGUCUCUGGCCUUUGGAUUCUCUGUCAAAAUGAACCUGGCAUUGGAACCAUGAACUGUACUCAUAUUGAUUAUUUGACAGAUGAAGAGUAUACUCCUGAUCCUAAUGAUUCAACAAUGGCAAUCCCAUAUGCUGCUAGAAAAGCAGCUCUUUUUAUGGCCAUAUCCACUGGUUCAAUACUAUUGGGCUUUUUUUUAUGUUUCACUGCCAACAAAUGUAAUCGCCGUAAGGUACUAACAUUUGCCUCGGGAAUCUCAUUCAUACUUUCAGGUUUAAUUAUUCUCUGUGGUAUUGUGAUAUACAUCUCAACGUUUAAAGCCGAAGUGGGCAAUAAAUUGCGGCCUAAAUCAUCUUUCCAAGAGGCAACUUUCAGAUAUUCUUAUGGUGUUUCCUUCAUGUUUGCCGUUGUGAGCCUUAUGAUGUGUGAAGUGGCGGGAACUUUUUCCAUCUUUUUAUACAUUAGAAUACACCAAAUAGAUUGGGAGAAAGAGUUCAGUCAACAAGAAGCAUUAGUUGAUCUUUUACAAACUCCCGGUCCAAUGGCAUCAACUUCAUUGAAUACUAACCUUAACUCAAUGGCCACGGUUACCAAUUCAUUACCAGCACCUAUUGCCUCGUAUUGUAAGAAACAUGGUGGUCGAGGUCGUCGGUAUAGCCGAUCAAAGGAAAUCUCUCGUGAACCCUCACCCAUUCCACUGCCCUUGAAAACAUCACGAACACCAUCUUACCUUGGUGGUAUUGCAAGUCCACUUCAAGUUUCACCACCUUCCGCUGAUUAUGGAGACAAUUUCCAAGCAUCUUCAAAUUUUCCAUUUCCACCGCCACCAUUACAAUCAAUUUCUCAUACUCAUCAAUCUAAUCCCUCUUCUUCAACUAGUGGGGUUCAUCAUCUUACAUCUAAAUCUAGUGUUGGAAAGUCAUCUGAUGUCCGAUUCAUGGUUUCAGGAUCAUCUCAACAUCAUUCAUUUACAUCAUCAUCAAAUCGUGAAUCUGAUCAAAUACAAUCUCACUCUUCUCAUCAUCUUCAUCAUCUUCAAUCUUUACCCACAAUCACUGGUUCCAUUGAGAUGGAUAGAGAAUCAUCUUCCCGUGAUGAAUAUUCACCUCCCCUCGAUUCAAUGUAUCGAACAACUUAUCCAACACCGAUCAUGGAACAAGAUUUCAGUUCGAACAGUGAAUAUACGGGAGACUAUUCACCGACUAAAGAAUAUCCAUUAGACAAUCUUCGUCGAACAACACCCGUUUGAAGAAGAAACGAAAAUAGAACGUUUUUCUAAAGAAAAAACAAGAAUCAGACUCUGGUCUUAAUCCAAUGAGAUCUUUAGAAAGAUAAUCGAGGUUGAUUUGGUAAUUGCGAUGAACGUUGAAACAACAUUUCUCUUAAUCAGUGAGAAUUUAUUUCCUCUGCUGAUAAAAUCAAAAUAAUCUAAAGGGACCAAAGGUUAAAUCAUCUGAAUAAAGAAUCAAUUUUGUUGAUCAACUCACCUUCCAAAUCAAUGCAAUUAACGUAAUAGCAAUACAGUGAGAAGAUUAAUUCUGAAUGCUGAUUCUAAUUCCAUCAAAUCAUCAAGACAAUUUGUAUCACCCAAGAGGACAAGAAAAUCCAAUCAGAAAAUCACCAAAAAUCACCAAAGUUUUGGUGAAGGCGAAGAUAAAACCAAAAGGAACAAACAAGUUAUACAUGCAAUUCUUGAGCAACAGAUUAAUAAUCUGUUUCUAAAUUAAAAUCGCAAACAAAAAAAAAGAGUCCAAACAAUUUAUUAAUCAUCAAAGAGAAAACUAAAAAUGAGAAAAUUAUUGAUGAUCUUCUGUGGACUUUAUCAAGCAGAGAAGUGAAAAUCUUUGCUUUACUUUGUAAAUAAUGAAGAGAAAAUUUUAACUAAUAGUUAUUGUGCUAUUUGUUGAACAAUUUCAAACAAAAGGAAUAAAAUUAAAAAUCUUUUAUAACAAUUAA